AUGAAGCAGGCUAUUUUUCUCAGCAUUGUCUCCUUGGCUUGCGCGUUGCCCCAGAGCACGCCUGUCACUGGUCAAAAGCUCCUCCCCUGGAAGCAGCCAGCGACUUUGACGGGUUCCAUCGAUUGUGGAUUCAAAGUGAGCGACGAGGAGCAGUGCGGGACUGAGCUCUACUGUAACCUAUUUGAUAAUCAGAAACCGAAUAGUAAUUACAAGUCGGCCUUCCAAUGCUUCCAAUCCCACGAGGCAGAGCCCAAGCUUCUCCCCUGGAAGCAUGCAGCGACCUUGUUGGGUUUCAUGGAGUGUGGAUUUAAAGGGGGCGACGAGGAGCAGUGUGGCACUGAGCGUUACUGUAAUCUAUUCGACACCCAGAAGAGCAGCGAUUACAAGUCGGCCUUCCAAUGCUUCAAAGCCCACGAGGAAAAGCCCAACCUGCUCCCCUGGAAACAACCAGCGACUCUAUUAGGUGCCAAGGAUUGUGGAUUUAAAGGGGCCGACGAGGAGCAGUGUGGCACUGGGCUCUACUGCGAUUUAUUCGAUAACCAGAAACCGAACAGCGAUUACCAGUCGGCUUUCCAAUGCUUGCAAGCCCAUGAGCCAAGUCCAGUCUAA